AUGUCGACACUUACUAGCACGGACAUGGGCGAGCUCAAGCGUCCGACCACACGCGUACAUGCACCACCAGGGGGCGGCUCAAAUUGGGGUAUUAGUGGCAACUCGGUGCCAAAACCUAUAAAUGACACGCUUCCGACACCUCAAGAAAAUAUAAAGCCACCACCCGCACCGAUGCAGACUCAGAGGCAGAGCCAGACUCAAGUAGCUGUGUCUGAAUGGCUUAAAGAGAAGCAUGUAGCUAUUGUCAAGACAAGCAGCGACGUUGAGAUCGUAGACGCAGCAGUGCAGAACUGUCUGAUCAAGUUGCAAACCCAAUCUGUGCGUGUCGAGGUUUUUACAGUUGUUAACCUUGAGCAGCUUCCAUAUGCUGCCAAUAAACUCGCAGCAGGUGGUGACUUUGAUUGCGUUCUAUGCUUUGGAUUCUUAAACACGCAAGAUCCGCAAUUCGCAGCGCUGAAUGCCGCACUCACACAAAGUUUUAUGAAAAUCAGCGUCAAGCACGUACGCCCAGUGGUACAAGCUGUGUUCGCUGGGGAGCCACGUGUAGCUUCUGUUAAAGUGCGUGGUGGCUGGGGCGCUCACUUUACAGAUGGCGUUUUGUCUUUGAUAACAUUAGGUGGGUUCUCUGGGCCCACGGCCCAUCCUGCAUCUAGAGUUCCUGUAAAGAAACACUUUGAAAUAAGUCAUGGCAACGUGUUACCGGCGACACUUCUUCGUGGAUCUAAAACGGUAUUCGAGGAUUGGGAAGAAAAUUUCGCAUUAUUGAUGAUGAUGGCAAUCGCUCACUAA